AUGGGUGUCCUUGAACAGCUCUCCCGCAAGUCCGGUGUCAUCGUUGGUGAUGACGUUCUCCGUCUCUUCAACUACGCUAAGGAGAAGGGCUUUGCUAUCCCCGCCAUUAACGUGACUUCCUCCUCCACCGUCGUCUCUUGCCUUGAGGCUGCUCGCGACCAGAAGUGCCCCAUCGUCCUCCAGGUCUCCCAGGGUGGUGCUGCCUACUUCGCUGGCAAGGGUGUCAGCAACGAUGGCCAGAAGGCCUCCAUUGCCGGUGGUAUCGCCGCUGCCCACUACAUCCGCAGCAUUGCUCCCACCUACGGCGUUCCCGUCGUCCUCCACACCGACCACUGCGCCAAGAAGCUUCUUCCCUGGCUCGAUGGUCUCCUCGACGCGGAUGAGGAGUACUUCAAGCUCCACCAGGAGCCCCUCUUCUCCAGCCACAUGAUUGACCUGUCUGAGGAGCCCGUCGACUACAACAUCCAGACCACCGCCGCUUACCUCAAGCGUGCUGCCCCCAUGAAGCAGUGGCUCGAGAUGGAAAUCGGUAUCACCGGUGGUGAGGAGGAUGGUGUCAACAACGAGGAUGUUGACAACAACUCCCUGUACACUCAGCCCGAGGACAUCCUUGCCAUCCACAACGCCCUUGCUCCCAUCAGCCCCUACUUCUCCAUUGCCGCUGGUUUCGGUAAUGUGCACGGUGUCUACAAGCCCGGCAACGUCCGUCUCCACCCCGAGCUUCUCCAGAAGCACCAGGCCUACGUCAAGGAGAAGACCAACUCCUCCUCUGACAAGCCCGUCUUCUUUGUCUUCCACGGUGGCUCCGGCUCUUCCAAGGAGGAGUACAAGGAGGCUAUCAGCUACGGUGUUGUCAAGGUCAACCUUGACACUGACAUGCAGUUCGCCUACAUGUCCGGUAUCCGUGACUACAUGCUCAACAAGAAGGACUACCUCCUGACCGCUGUCGGUAACCCCGACGGUGAGGACAAGCCCAACAAGAAGUUCUUCGACCCCCGCGUCUGGGUUCGUGAGGGUGAGAAGACCAUGUCCAAGCGUGUCCAGGUUGCUCUGGAGGACUUCAACACUGCUGGCCAGCUGUAA